GAACACAAACCAUCUGGGAAACAAGAAACGUCUGAACUCAACCCAAACAAGUUCGCCGGUACUGCUGGAGGAGCCAGGUGGUUCUGAAGAGACAAACCAGCAGCUUCGUCUGAGUCCAGGAGAAAAAAGAGGAGACCUCCAACCCUGAAGCUUCACUCAGAGUCAAAAUGGCUUCCAGAUUAGAGGAGGAUCUCUGCUGUCUGCACUCUGAGAAACUCAAACUCUUCUGUCUGGACCAUCAGCAGCCAGUGUGUCACAUCUGCAGAGAUUCAGAGAAACACACCAACCACAGAUUCAGACCCAUCGAUGAAGCUGCUCAGCAACACAAGAAGAACCUUCAGGAAACUCUGGAACCUUUAAAGGAGAACCUGGAGCUCAGGAAGAAAGUUCUAGAGGAGUUUGAUCAGACAGCAGAACACAUGAAGGUCCAGGCCCGACACACAGAGAGGCUGAUUAAGGAGCAGUUUAAGAAGCUUCAUCAGUUUCUAGCAGAGGAAGAGGAGGACAGGCUGGCUGCACUGAGGGAGGAAGAGGAGCAGAAGAGUGGGAUGAUGAAGGAGAAGAUGGAGGCUCUGAGCAGAGAGAUAGCAGCUCUUUCAGACACAGUCAGAGCCACAGAGGAGGAGCUGAGAGCUGAAGACGUCUCAUUCCUGCACAACUACAAGGCUGCAGUGGAAAGAGUCCAGCGCUGCCCCCUGCUGGAGGAUCCACAGCUGCCCUCAGGAGCUCUGAUAGACCAGGCCAAACAUCUGGGCAACCUGGCCUUCAACAUCUGGAGCAACAUGGAGAACAUGGUCUCCUACACUCCUCUCAUCCUGGACCCAAACACCGCUUAUCCACGGCUCAUCCUGUCUGAAGAUCUGACCAGUGGGAGCAGAGGAGAGAAACAGCAGCUUCCUGAUAAUCCAGAGAGGCUUGGAUCAAUGUGGUCUGUCCUGAGUUCUGAGGGCUUCAACUCAGGGAACCACAGCUGGGAUGUUGAUGUUGGAGACAGUGAAGGCUGGGCACUUGGUGUGAUAGCAGAGUCUGUCCAGAGGAAAAGAUUCAUAGAGUCUGGAUGGUUGAUUAUAGGGUUCUAUGAAGGUAAAUACUACGCAUGGACUCCUCCAUCUCCUCGCAUGGAUCUCUCAGUCCAGAAGAAGCUCCAGAGGAUCAGAGUGAAUCUGGACUGGGACAGAGGAAAGCUGUCCUUCUCUGAUCUGGACACUAACUCACACAUACACACCUUCACACACACCUUCACUGACAAGAUGUUUCCAUGCUUCUUCACUGGGAGUAAAGUUAAAAUGCUACCGAUGAAGAUCUCAGUGAGCAAACAGCAGCUCUGAUGUUCUCAGCAUGAAGAACACAAAGUCCAGAUGAAACCUUGAUGAUCUGAUUGAAACUCAGUGAUUUUAAACAGAAUCUUGGAGCUUUUUAUUCUGAAUUACUUUGAAUGUAAUGUUAGUUCUUGGGUUACUUUAUAUUUUGGGUUAUUAACCAGAUUUAUUUGUAGGUUAAUAAUUAUUGAAAUGUUUAAUAAAAUGUACUGGAUUUUAUUUAGGGGAUUUAAAGGUAAGGGUCCUGAAUGUAAAUGCAUGCCACGCUUUUCAGAUAUUUGUUUUACAUUUUCAUUUUGCUUCACUUAAUAAAAUCUUAGCAGAUUUAUUGACAUUUAUGUUUUCAAUGCUGCACAAUGUGGAAAAGUUAAAGGGGGAUGAACUCUUCUGCAGGACGCUGGAUGUGAAGCUGAAUAGUUUUUAUAGUAAAUGUCAAAUUAUUGAGAAAAAAUUUACACAUUUUAUUAAUAAAAUGGAAUGACUCUGGUGCAAAGCCAUGUCUCGUGUAAAUGAGCAAGUAGCUUUAUACUUUGGAAUAAUAAUCAAUAACGAAGAAAAUCUAUUAGCAUUUAAACAUCCUGUGGACGCACACUUGAUAUGCAUCAGGAUCGCCUUCUGUUAUUUUGAUGCAUUUCCUCAACAUUUAGAUUUUUUUCCUUAGUAUUUGAACUUUAUUCUGUUAGAAAAAUAAAAAUAACUACCAGGUUUGUUUUCCUUGAGUGAUCCAGAAACUCCUUCGUGGCCGAUUUUAUUAAAUUUUUUUGCAAAUCAACUAAGACUAAACAAACUAACGGCCCACACACAUAAAAGAAGAGUUUUACUCUUUUUAUUCAGCUUAAUUAGAACCAAAAAGUCCACCUUCUCCUAUCAUUUAAAGUAAAUUGAGUUAUUUACCAUAUGAAACUUUGUUCAGAAAAUAAUAAAGUUUAUAUCUUGUCUGUUUACAAUAUUAAUUUGUUUCUAGUCACGCUGAUGACCAAAUAUUAUAUAUUUGCAAAAUAUUACUACAGUCACAUCUCUUUAUUUGCUCCGUUAACACUGCUGUUGUUCAAUAAAGUUU